UCCAGCACAUUUCAACACUCGGAUCCAACGUUGGAGGCGCAACGUUUCACAGGAGAGUUUACAGCGCGUACGCGCUUCCUGUUGUGACUACGUUGUUGUUAGCAUGAGCUAGCAAGGUACAUCUAUGCAGAACGAUGAAGUUGGGAAUUUUACACGAAGGUUAUUGGUAAAUAUACGCCAGGUUUCUUGUGGCAGUACCACGACGGACAAUAUACAACCGCUGUGUGUCUUUUGACCGUAAACCCCGCCUGAAGACAUCAGCGAAAUGUCGCUGAGCUCAGGCGGGUGGACUCACACCCAAACCCCAGCAGCUCCGUCUGCCUCUCUACCCGGGUAUGGAGCCUCACAAUCCGGUUGUAACACUGUGUUGAUGUCGGUGAGGGUGUCAGUAUGCCACUCUGGUAUACGACCGCUGUGUCUUCCAGGGGCAGGCGAUGAGUCUCUUCGGCUUCAGCUGAGCAUGGACCCGGGGAAAGCAGGGGAAUUCCGCCUGACGUUAAGGGACGCUAGCGGAACCGCUGGUCGCAGUGUGUCCAUUGCAGAGUUUGACCUCAGGGCUGUCCGUUACGAGGUGAAGUCGCCCCGAUGUCACGAGCUGAGCCUGGUGACGCCCCCAAACGACCGCAUCACAUUCAACUUUCGUUGCGAGCGAGAGGCCCAGGAGUGGGCCACAGUGGUGAUGUCCUCGCUUAGGGAGGCCCAUCGAGUAGUCGCCAUGCUUGGUAGUAAUAGUGAUGGUGUGCAUGUAACAAAUACGGCACGUCUCAAGCAGAUGGAGGAGAUGUGUGUGGAGUUGACCCGUGCCAUAGAGGCAGGUGACACCCAGGCCGCCUCGGUGUGUGCCGCCUCUCUCGCUCGCAAGCAGAUGGCCCUGAGAAUCCAGCUCUCCGAGAAGAACUAUGAAGACACAGAGAUCAACCUGGCGGUUGUUGUGGAGGAUGCCUCAUCCUCCUGCUGUGUCACAGUGAAAGUCUUCCCCCACACCACCAUUGCCGCUCUCAAACAACAGGUGUUUGUGGAGUUUGGCUUCCACCCGCGCGUGCAGCGCUGGGUGAUUGGCCAGUGUCUGUGCGUGGAGCCGCGCUCCCUGGCCUCGUACGGCGUGCGUCGUCACGGUGACACAGCUUUCCUCUACCUGCUCUCGGCCCAGCAGGCGCACCUGAGCAGGCAGCAGUGCCAACAGGACCAGGAGAGUGCCCUCCUCUCCAACUCCACCGGAGCUGCCAACGCAUCAUCAUCCUCCUCCCUCGCCCCCGCUGCCACCCCCCUGACCUCCCCUGGUAACGGCUUCACCUCCCAGGUGUGGCGAGGCUACAGCACCCUGCCCUCCAGACUGGGUCACAACAGCACAGGUAGCACACCAUCAAAUCCAGAGCGAUUAGGCAUCGGGGAGAUCCGAGAGCUCAUCAGUCUGGAGAUGCCCCAGCUAAACGAAGCCCUCGGGUCCAGCAAAGACAGCACACAGGUGGGUUGGUCGUGUCCCUCGUGUACGUUCAUCAACAAGCCCACGCGGCCCGGCUGUGAGAUCUGCAGCACGGACCGUCCCGAGGGGUACACGGUGCCCGGAGGAUACAGGCCAGACCCCAUGGAGCUGCGGCGCAUCCAGCAGGAGAAGGAGGCUGUCAGACAGUACCAACAGGCCAGGGAUGCGGAGCGCAGAGAGAACUUUGCGCGGCUGGUGCAGGUGGAUGAGCAGGAGCUGGUGGCCAACCCAGAGGGGGUGGACUGCCGCAUCUGCUACCAGGACCUGCAGCCUGGGGAGGGGGUGCUACUCAGGGAGUGCCUGCACUGCUUUUGCAAAGAGUGUCUUCGCUCCGUGAUCAACAUGUCAGAGGAUCCGCAGGUGGCGUGUCCUUAUCGUGAUGACCUGUAUGCCUGUGACUGUACUCUACAAGAGAGGGAGAUACGAGCGCUGGUGUCUGUGGAAGAGUAUCAGCAGUGGCUUCAGAGGGGUCUGUCGGUGGCCGAGUCGCGCUGCGAGGGCAGCUACCACUGUGCCACCCCCGACUGCCAGGGAUGGUGUGUAUACGAGGACACGGUCAACACCUUCCACUGCCCCGUGUGCAAAAAGCACAACUGCCUGCUCUGCAAGGCCAUUCAUGAGGGUAUGAACUGUAAGCAGUACCAGGAUGAUCUGGCUGCCCGUGCCAUCAAUGAUACUGCCGCACGGAGGACAAGAGAUCUUCUCAAGACUCUGGUGCGGUCUGGAGAGGCCAUGCACUGUCCCCAGUGUGGCAUCAUAGUGCAGAAGAAAGAGGGCUGCGAUUGGCUGCGCUGCACUGUCUGUCACACGGAGAUCUGUUGGGUCACCAGGGGGCCGCGAUGGGGACCUGGGGGCCCAGGGGACACCAGUGGAGGAUGCCGCUGCACACCCAAACAACGCUGCCACCCAAAGUGCCAGAACUGCCACUGAGCAUGUGCGACGGAGAAAGCAUGUGCCAAAGCUCGCAAAUUAGUAUUACUACCAAAGCUACAAAUGACAAAUGUUCCAAUACCCUUAUGAGACAAAAUGACAGUUGGACUGCAGUUCUGAAGGAUUGCUGUGUUUUUGUGUCCACAUCACGGCAUUCUCUGCAUUGAUACUGCAGUAACACUGCAGUUCUUGCACUGCAGUACAACAGUUUGUUUUGUUCUCGUAACAGUAUGGAUGAAGACUGGACUGACUGUGCACUUAAGCAGCUAUACGUCUUUACUGUGUCCUUUUAUUUUGUUUUAUUUUAUUUUAACGACUAGUUUAUUCUUAUGAAAAUUAAGAGCCAUUUACUGCCGUUGUUACUGUUCUAUGACAAUAAGUGUCCUUUGUAUAAGCCCUCGCUGCAAGCUUGGGUUUAUAAAACUAGUGCAUUACCUUGCAUUGAAUCUAUCCCCAGGGAUGCAGCUUCUUAUUCUGCCUUACAAAGGUAAAAUGUUGUCGCUACGUGAAACAUUGCAGCUGAGACAAAUGACUGUAACGUUGUGUCUGGGAAGAUCCUUAUUCGCCCAGAUCAUGCUAUCCAAAGAGUUGAGUUGUAGGUAACUGGAAACUUCAAAGAAGGCGUCUUACUGCCUAUUCAAAUGUGUUGCUGGCACAAUGAUAGGGCAUAUUACAUACUUUCUUAGGACAGAAAGAAGUAAAAGAUUUAGUCCCAAGACAAACAAGGUGUUGAAAAGUGAAUUUCCAGUCUAAACUCCGUUUUGAGAAAAUGUGUCGUUAUUGCUGUUAUGAUGGAUGCCAGCGAGUUUGGUCGUAGAAGAACGUUAGUAAAACUCCCUCCCAAACCCUCAUACAGUAUCAGUAGCCCUGAGCUGUCGGUCUGGAUCUUUAGCUAUCGGUGCCUCCAAUGCCAGACUGGAGCGCUGACUGGUAGGUUGUGGGUUCGAGGCUCCGAGUGGCAGACUACGCAGGAUGACCUUGGUUACCCCUGUUGUCUUUUUAUGGCAGCAUUAUGCACAUGCGAUUGCACUUCUGGUUUGUUAAUCACCAAAGUAACUUGAUUGAUUUUAAAGGAAGCUAUUCUCACUCUCACACGUGCACCACACUUUCUCAGACUGCUGCCCCUUUCUUUCUCAUCAUUGUUAAGGAAGUGAAGCCCAGAUCUAGUCCAGACUUUGGAAUGCCCCUUUAACGUGUUGCAUACCUAGGUUUAGGGUUAUUCCCAAUAUCCUGCUUCCCGUCCUCCACCUGUGCUUGUGGCCUUACACUUCACAUAGAAAGAUCAGGAAGCGUGCUCUUCUUAUACUUUACACUGGGUGCUUAACUUUGUCAAUGAAUGAACUCAAAUCUCAAAAGAAAGUGAAUAAA